AUGCAAGCUGUAGUGCCCUUGAACAAGAUGACAACCAUCUCCCCAGAUCCUCAAACUCUGGCCUCAAGUGAACAAAACAAGGUCCUAAGAAUGGAUACUCCCGGGGAUCAAGAAGGUGUCUUAAGAGGCAACACUGCUGACCCAGAGUUUUUCAGACAGAGGUUCAGGUGGUUUUGUUACUCAGAAGUAGCUGGACCCAGGAAAGCCCUGAAUCAACUCUGGGAGCUCUGCAUUCAGUGGCUGAGACCAGACAUUCACACAAAAGAACAAAUUUUAGAGCUUUUGGUGUUUGAGCAGUUCCUGACCAUUUUGCCUGGGGAGAUGAGGAUUUGGGUAAAGUCACAACAUCCUGAGAGUAGCGAGGAGGUAGUGACCCUAAUAGAGGAUUUGACCCAAGUACUUGAAGAAAAAGAAGAUCCGAUCUCUCAAGAUUCUGUUGUUUCUCAAGAGGAAAACUCGGAAGAAGAUAAAAUGGUUGCUGUUCUUCCAAAUACUGAGUCCUGUGAAUCUAUUACAUUCAAGGAUGUGGCUGUGAGCUUUUCCAGAGGAGAAUGGAGGAAGCUGGAGCCUGUUCAGAAGGAGCUAUAUAAGGAAGUCCUACUGGAAAACUUAAGGAACCUAGAAUUUCUGGGCUUUCCAGUUUCCAAAUUAGAUUUGAUUUCCCAGCUAAAGUGGGUUGAAUUGCCACGGCUGCUGGAAAAAGAAGGCAUAAAAGGCUCCAGACCAGCUCUUUUGGAAGAAUUGACUUUAGAGACAAUAAUAGAAAGAUGCCUCAGGGAUGAUGAUUAUGGUUUGAUGGGAGGAUUUCGGAAAUAUGGUAGAUCCCAGGAGGAUCACAGCAAUCAGGGAUAUUCAAAAAGAAAGAAAACUCAUGGGAGAGGCAGUAAGAGUAGGGACUUGGACCCAGAAAAGAGCCCCUUUGGAAAGAAUUUCAGAGAAACUUCAGACAUAAUUAAACAUCUGAGAGUCUAUUUAAAGAAGAAAUCUCGGAGGUAUAAUGAAUACAAGAAACCCUUCAGUUUUCAUUCAGACCUUGUUCUGAACCGCAAAGAACAUGCUGGAGAAAAGUCACGGAAAUCUAACGAAGGUGGAAAAGUCUUAAGUCACUCUUCAUCUCUCACUGAACAGCAGAAACGUCAGAAAAUUCGUUUGGCGGAUAGGUCCCAGAAGUGCAGUAGGUGUGGGAUAAUCUUUAUUCGAAGGUCAACCCUUUCUAAGAAAAAAAUCUCUACAUGUGAAAAAUGUUCAAAAGAUUUAAGCAAAGAUGAGGGAACUGAGACUGGGGAAAAAACCCAUAAGUGUAGUAAAUGUGGAAAAGCCUUUGGUUAUAGUGCCUCACUUACCAAACAUCGGAGAAUUCACACUGGAGAGAAACCUUAUAUGUGUAAUGAAUGUGGAAAAGCUUUCAGUGAUAGUUCGUCACUCACACCCCAUCACAGAACUCAUAGUGGAGAGAAACCCUUCAAAUGUGAUGACUGUGGAAAAGGUUUCACCCUGAGUGCACACCUAAUUAAACAUCAGAGAAUUCAUACUGGAGAAAAACCCUAUAAAUGUAAAGAUUGUGGGAGAGCCUUCAGUGAUAGUUCCUCUCUUAUUCAACAUCAGCGAAUUCAUACUGGAGAAAAACCCUAUACGUGUAACGAUUGUGGAAAAUCCUUCAGUCAUAGCUCAUCCCUUUCCAAACAUCAGAGAAUUCAUACUGGAGAGAAACCUUAUAAAUGUGGUGAAUGUGGAAAAGCCUUUAGACAGAAUUCUUGCCUUACUCGACACCAGAGAAUUCACACUGGAGAAAAACCAUAUUUGUGUAAUGAUUGCGGGAUGACUUUUAGCCAUUUUACAUCUGUCAUUUAUCAUCAACGUCUUCAUUCAGGAGAAAAACCAUACAAAUGUAACCAGUGCGAGAAAGCCUUCCCUACUCAUUCACUCCUUAGCCGUCAUCAGAGAAUUCAUACGGGUGUAAAACCUUAUAAAUGUAAAGAGUGUGGGAAAUCCUUCAGUCAGAGUUCAUCUCUUAAUGAACAUCACCGAAUUCAUACUGGUGAGAAACCCUAUGAAUGUGACUUUUGUGGAGCAACCUUUAGUCGAAGCUCAAUUCUUGUAGAGCAUGUAAAAAUUCAUACCGGAAGGAGAGAAUAUGAAUGUACUGAAUGUGAGAAGACAUUUAAAAGUAAUUCAGGCCUCAUCAGACAUCGGGGAUUUCACUCUGGAGAGUAA